GUAACAACAACAAUGACCGGUUUCCAUCAAAGUUGUCCAAAAUUUUCUCUUUUAACUAACUKGACGUUUUAAUGCUUGAUCGCAGCGAAUCCAGGCAUUAUGAGUGGUGAAUCCAGUGUGCAUAAGCGAGAAGUCAUGACUGAAUCGAUAAACGACUUUAACGAGGCGAAAGAGUCCAACGAACCGAGCGACGUCGAACACAAAACCGGUGAAGAAACGCCGACGAAGUACAACAAAACCUUUAUUUUACUUUGUACUCAUUUGAAUGCUGUGUCGUAUUCAGUGUGCUUCUGGAUUCAAAUAGGAGUUUUACCGUAUCUUUCAAAGAAGCUUGGUGCUGACCCAGUAGUGUUUGGAUAUCUACAAACCACCUUCGCAGUUGUCCAGCUGUGUGGAGGACCAAUUUAUGGCCGAUUUGGUGAUCUGUUUGGCAGCAGGGCAGCUUUGAGUCUAGCGUUUUUUGCAGCUGCUGUUAGUUAUGGGAUUCUUGGCAUGUCAACUUCUGUUACGAUGCUGUUCCUUUCACGAUUGCCAUCUAUUGUUAUGCAUGCAAUGCAAGGUUCACAGAUGAUUGUUACAGAUAUUUCUGAUGAAUCAGAGCGUUCCAAUGCACUAGGCAAGCUUGGUGUGUCCUAUGCUAUUGGGAUGGUCAUAGGUCCCUUUCUUGGUGGUAUUCUCAGCAAACUCUAUGGUUUACAGUUUGCUGCCAUGUGUUCCUGUGUCGUGUCUUUGGCCAGUGCUGUCAUGGUUACCAUGCUUCUGCCUAAAAAUACAAAGGCUCUCUUCCAUAAGACGAGUCAUUCAGAUGYACCAAGGUCAUCAUCAAGUGUGUUUGACUUCAAGAAGAUCUCAGAAUUAUUAAAGAUUCCCUCUGUACUGUACUUGCUCCUCCUCAAGAUUUCUACUGCUAUCCCAUUUGGUAUUUUCCAGUCAAUGUUUGCAAUAGUUUCAAUGGAGUAUUUCAAACUGGAUCCGCAGCAUAAUGGAUUUGUUUUGUCAUAUGCUGGUACACUUUCCAUUCUUGUUCAAGGCAUUGGUGUUGGAUACGUGACCAAGAGAUUCAAUGAGACAGAUCUUCUAAAGUGGUCCAUUGCUUCUAUUGCUGUUGCCUAUGCUCUCAUGUUCAUGGUCACAGACAUCUAUCAAUUCUGUGCUGUCUUGGUUCCCUUGGUUACUGGCGGCACUAUACUGACUAUCAUUUCCACUUCUGCCUUGACUAAAGCCGUCGAUAUAAAAGACACUGGUGUUGUCUUGGGCCUUUCCAUGGCCUGCAAUUCUUUUGUCAGGAGUCUUUCUCCUACGCUUGGUGGAUUUUUAUUCAAGAUGUAUGGAUGGCCAGCAUUCGGUGGAUUCGGCUUCGUUGUCAAUGCUGUGAUAGUUUUGUUUUUGAUGGUUUAUGGGAAGAAAAGUCUUUAACAGUUACUUGAAAGAAUUUUAAUAUUAUUACUUUUAUUAUUUUAGAUUGUUUAGAGC